AAUGUGUUUCAUAUUUUUUCUUUUUCACUUUUAACUUUUAUGUUAUCUAUUAACUAUAAAUGGGUAAGCUUAGAGACUUGUGUCCUACAUUGCAUGGAUUUGGUUACGUUCGAGUACUGGCUACAAAUAUUGGUGUGGGAUAUGAUAUUUUUUUAUAAAAAUCUUAAAUACAGGUACCAUAGUGUGUGUCUGUGAUAGUAUAAAAAGGAUAAAAAAACACAUAAAAUUUUCUGGUUUCAUACUAACUAACUGAACACUAAGCAUUAUCUCUUAGUAUUACACAUUAAGCGUUAGCAAUGGGAAUGACAAAUCAAAUUGAAGAAUGCAUGUGUUUAUACAAAUCAAAUAGCAAUCAUAGAGAAUGUUACUGGUCUGCUCUGGAAGGGAUACCACCUGGCUGUUGCUGGUUGGUUGGCUGUGACAGAAAGGAUGCAGUGGAGCAAACACAGGUGGCCUGGUGCAGAUCAGAAACAGACCACCAGAGUAGACAAGGAGACACUGUCCCUGAUGCAAAUGUUGUCACAGCUGCAGAUCGUGGAGAGGACAAGAUGCAAGUAACAUUAUCUCAUCUUUGGCAGACAAUGAGAUGUAAGAUUACGGAGGAGACAAGUGAUGACCCAAAGCAAAAGAAGCCUUAAGAUGUUACCAAAAUGAUGUUUAGCCAAAAGCUGGGCCUAGCUGAACUUGAGUUGUACCCAAGCUUGAUCCAAUAUUUUAAUUAAUUUGAUACAUAUCCAGUAUGUACUCACACGUACCCGGUGUGUUCCUCUACUUGAUACUAGUACACUUCCAUUUUCGGAGUACGCACGCUUCAAAGCUGAUGUCCUGAUGGCACCUUUAGGGAGAAGUUGACUUUGGUCUAGUUAAAAAUGUGAUAGUCCAGGGGUUGUGGUGUCAGGGUGGUAGCUUGAGAUAUUACUUUUUAACCUGUUCUUAUUAUGAAGAAAAAUGUGUGGCUGUAGGAAUUAAAUGCGAUUACUAGGAUGUUUCUCACCCAACUUAUUAGUUCUUGGAAUUGACUUUUAUUAAUGUGUUAUGACUGUCUGGCUAAGUGAGUUACUGAAGGAAACAAAUUUUUUAGUUUGGAUUUUAUGUGGGAAUUAAGGUUAUUUUGUUGAGUAAGAAUAAGGUUUUAUUUGUGAUUUUGGGAAUUAUUAAUUUUGUAUGUUAUUCUAACCACCCAUCAUCUUAGCCCUAGCAUUAAUAGGAUUUUAUUGCUUAGUGGUUGCUCCAUGGGGGCUGUAAAUAGCCUUUCUUGCAUUACUUCUUUAGGCAUUUUGAUUGAGAUGUAUUUGGAGUUCUGCCAAUAUCAUAAUAGCACAAUUAUAAGGAAUAUUGGCUAGUUGGUCUUGUUACAGACAAUAGUACUUGUUUCUAUUAUUAUAUCUUGGUUAAAAGAAGAAAUUCAUUAUGCUUAAAAGGAUAGAAAGAAUGAUUCUCCUUAACAAAUACUGGAGAUAUUUAA